AUGACCUCGCCACGCCUCAAGCGUGCUCGUCAUUCCAUCGAUACCGAGUCCGACCAUGCCACCGACUCUCUCUCUCCAGCUGCUUCGAGUGCUGUAAAGAAGCUUCGGCGGGCGUGUCAAGAGCUCCAGCUGUCGAGUCUUCCGCGUGUAAUGACAGGACGCGAAGACGAGCGCGACGAGAUCUACACGGCGCUGCGCUCCUCGAUCAAGCACCAAAGCGCCGGUGGGCCAAUCUACAUCAGCGGCCUUCCAGGUGCAGGCAAGACGUCCAUAGUGAAGGAGGUUAUCCACACACUGGAGUCACAGCGGGACGCCGGCCAUCUCUGCAGCUUUGCGUGGGUCGAGGUCAAUGGGCUGCAGAUGCCGCGGCCUGACGUCGCUUACAGCAUAUUAUGGAAGGCUUUGCAGCCACCAGAGGAAGAGAGAGACGAGCACAAGUCGCACGCGGUGCCCAGAAGUAUCAGCGCCGCGCGUCUGUGUGAGAUUCUGCAGCACGAGUUCCACACUGCGAGUCCUGCGCGUCCCAUGCUGCUUGUUCUGCUGGACGAGAUGGACUUCAUGCUGGCUGGCAAGAACCAGGUGUUGUAUAACCUCCUGGAGUGGCAAACGUCCGCCACGGCCAAGCUCGUGAUCGUUGGCAUUGCCAACACGAUGGACUUGCCGGAACGACUACCGAGCAAGAUCCGCAGUCGCCUUGGUGGGCAUCGUAUCACCUUUCCGGCGUACACGCGAGCGCAGCUGGAGAAAAUCAUUUACCAGCGUCUACUGCAGCUGGACAUUUUCAGCGACGAAGCGAUCCAGCUCUGUGCCAAGUCGCUGGCGCAUCAAUCGGGGGAUGUCCGCCAAGCGCUAUCGCUGUGCCGCAAGGCGGCUGAAGUGUGUUUGCAUCGACUGACUACUACGGUGGAGUGCACGUCGACGGCAGGGGAAGGUAGUCGAAGCGAGCUCUUUGUGACGGGCGAAGACUUGCAUGAAGCUCAGGAGGCCGUGGCACUGUCGGCUCCAAUGAGUCGCUUACGCGCGUGCAGCAAGUUUGAGUGCACGUUUCUGGUCGCGCUUCGCAUGGAAGUUCGGUCGACUGCUGCGCGUGGAAGCGCUCCCACCAGAACAGGCGUCGAGCUGGAAGCUGUGAUCGAGCGCUUUGCGAUUCUGUGCAAGACGCACUCGUUCGUGCCGAUACCGCGACUGCGUGGGCUGCUUUUCAUCUGCGACGAACUAGAGCGGUCGGGGGUGAUCAAGCAGCUUUCAACACGCACGUCGCGCUACCCACUGCUCGAGCUGCAGUGCUCACAUCAGGAACUGCAAGACGUGUUCCUCACUCACCCUGUCGGCAUGCAGCUGAUAACAUAA